AUGAACCUCCUCCUCAUCACCCUCCCCCUACUCCUCCCUCUCACCCUCGCCCACCCAACCAACCCCCUAACCGCCGCCCUGGACAUCGCCCACGACGCCACCCAAUCCGCCGCGAAUAUCAUCAACUCCACCCCCAACAUAAUCUCCUCUGCUGCGCCCUACAACCUCGUCUCCGACCUCUGCACCCCAACAGGCGCAAACUACUGCAAUCUGGGAAUCGCCACAUAUGCACCCAACGGCCGAGUCCAGCUGCGCGAGACUUACGUCUACGAUCGCUCCUGCAGGGGACUUGGAGCUCUCCCGCAGAGCAUGGAUACGGGCCAUUGGUCUUUGCAUUCGCUGCUGCCGUGGACGGUGGAAGUCGAUGUUAAGGGCGGUGGGAUUAAGCCGGAGGGCGACGCUUGGAGGUCUUCUCCUGGGCAUACCGCUGGGACCAAUGCAACCCUGAGGAUUCUGGAUGCUGGUGCAGCGGACGGUAAGUGGAAAGGAGAGAGCCCAUAUAUCCUCGAUAGAAUUGCGUUGAUCGAUGAGUCUGGAGCAGGAACCUGGCUUCGUUCUCUAGCAGAGCACUAUCCCAAUCAGAAAUGGUCCCUUCAUGGCAUCGACAUUGGCUCCGCGCUUUUCCCGCCCCCAUCUGCGGAUGGACCGAUUGUGGAUCUUCAGAAACAUGAUAUCCGCGAGCCAAUUCCCGAGCACCUGCACCCACCAGAGAUCUUCGACAUCAUUCAUCAACGCUAUCUUGUAUGGGGCCUGAGAAGCGCGGAAUGGCCACAGGUCUUGGGAAACUUGCGUUCAGUGUUGAAGCCUGGAGGCUGGAUUCAGCUCGUGGAAGCCCAAUGGGUAGAUCGUGACGCACCAUUUGACCCUGUUGAGUUCCCUAACCUCGCUAAGAUGUCGGAAAUGCAAAAGUGGAGUACUGAUGCUUUCGGAAUGAAUGCCUAUAUUGCUUAUGAGCUGGAGGAAUUGCUGCGACACUCUGGGUUCGUGAACAUCACCAAGACCUCGUUCGCUAUAGGGUAUGGUGCAGUAGCUAGAGAGGAGCAGUGGAAAGUGACCUCUGCUUAUUUAUUGGUGGAAGGAUACCGCAGCCUCGGGCAUAAGAUGCCUCCUGGUGGUAUUCCUGGGGUGGCGAGGACUCCGGCUGAGUUCGAUGCUUUCUUGGACGAUUUGCGGGACGAGGUGUUAAGACAUGGAUAUGCGCCUCAGCUGAACAUUGUCAUUGGGCAGAAGCCUCGGAACCAGCUUAGCCACCUCUGA